UCUACCUGUCUGUCUUCUCUGUGUGUCCGUCCACAACAAUAGAGAGAGAGAGAGAGAGAGAGAGAUAGAGAGAGAGAAAGGGUCUCUGUUGUUCGAAUGAACUUGCCAUCUGUAGCAAUUCAAACAAUGAAAACUACGCUUUCGGAAAUCAGGAACUAACAUAUCAGAUUUGAUCCUUUUUCUUUAAUCUCAAAUUUCCAUGGAAAUGACCUCAUCCUCCUAUAAUUCUAAAACCAGUGGUAGAAAUGUCUUUAACUUGUUAGCACAGAGAGAGAUUUCACCUCGAACAAAACAUGUGCCAAAAUGGCACUGGGGAGAAUCUUCUAAAUCAAAAUCUGGUUCUUGCUCCCAUCCUAAAAGCGAAGCACUGAGAGAUGCAAAACGUGGUCUCCUCUCAUGGGUUGAGGCUGAGUCAUUGGGACAUUUGUCAGCUAUGUAUUGCCCUUUAUUGCCUCCCCCACGGUCUACUAUUGCUGCAGCAUUUAGUCCGGACGGAAAAUUUCUUGCCUCCACACAUGGUGACCACACGGUAAAGAUAAUUGAUUGUGAAACUGGAAAUUGCUUAAAGGUGUUAGUUGGCCAUAGAAGGACACCUUGGGUGGUUAGGUUCCAUCCCUUGCAUCGACAAAUACUUGCUAGUGGGAGCUUGGACCAAGAAGUUCGUUUAUGGGAUACAAACACAUCAGCGUGGAUAUUAUCUCACUAUUUCUAUCGACCCAUUGCAUCCAUUGCUUUCCAUGCGAAUGGGGAAAUAAUUGCGGUUGCAUCAGGCCACAAGCUGUACAUGUGGCACUACAAUAAUGAAGGAGAAGCAUCCUCACCAGUAUUUGUGUUGAAGACAAAGCGCUCACUCCGUGCUGUGCAUUUUCACCCUCAUGCCGCACCAUAUCUUUUAACCGCUCAGGUCAAUGAUCUUGACUCUUCUGAUUCCUCGAUGACAGAGGCAACAUCUAUUGGUUAUUUACAAUAUCCUCCACCUGCUGUUUUUGUCACAAAUAUUCAUCCUGGGACACAUAUUAAUUUGUCAAGUGAACUACCCUAUAUGUCGUUACCUCUCUUCUUAAUGCCUUCAUAUACUGUAGAUGAGUCAAGAGUAGAACUACAGAAUGCUAGUGAUGAUGUUGGUUCAGCUACCAUGCAAGUUGAGUCUUCUGCCAUAGUUCAGUCUCAAACAGACAUAAAUACAACAGAACGAUAUGAUACCGCAUUGUCAAUCUCUGAGAUUCCCACUAGCUCUCAUCCUGGUGCAGAAUAUAAUGCCCAUACUACUGUACCCAAUCAAAUGAGAAUUGGCGUUAGUAACCUCACAAUGGGUGGUAUGGAGACUUGUGAAGCAGAAACAGAACCAGUUGAAGCAAGCCAACAUGAAAACACUGCUAAUCUCUAUUCUCUUGAUGGAGUGCUACGCGGACUUUCUGAGUUUGGUCAAGUUCAUCAGUUUUUUCCUUCAAGAAACCCAAGUAGAUGGGAGUUACCUUUUAUGCAAGGAUGGUUAAUGGGUCAAAGUCAAGUUGGUGUUCCCUCAAUGCUUCCUCACAUUGGUGGUAGUCGUGAAAGUCUUCCUCAACAGAUUGGUUCUUCCACCAUGGCAUCUGAUAUGUCCACUACUAAUGUUGAGGUAGCAAUGUCAUCUUCAGGAAUGCCUCAUGGCACCAGCAUAUCAGGAGCUGCUGUAAGAUCAGGUUUACAGAAUCAUUUUUUGCAAUCCCGUUUACCUGUAUCUGAUUCUGGCAAUCUUGCUUCUUCUAUUAAUGCUGCGCGUAAUGAGUUGGAUAGCCAAAACAUUAUAAACCGAAUCCAGUCAGAACUUGCCGCAUCAGUGGCUGCUGCAUCUGCUGCGGAGUUGCCUUGCACUGUUAAGUUAAAAGUCUGGUCGCAUGACUUAAAAAGUCCUUGUGCCCCACUAAAUAGAUGCCGUCUUACUAUACCGCAUGUUGUCCUCUGCAGUGAGAUGGGUGCCCAUUUUUCACCAUGUGGUAGAUUUUUAGCUGCCUGUGUUGCAUGUAUUCUUCCUCAUGUAGAAGCUGAUCCAGGAUUACAACCUCUAGUACACCAGGAGCCUGGAAUUGCAACAUCGCCAACUCGACAUCCUAUCUCAGCGCAUCAAGUAAUAUACGAGCUUCGGAUAUAUUCCCUUGAGGAGGCAACAUUUGGAUCGGUGCUUGUAUCCCGGGCAAUUAGAGCUGCUCAUUGUCUGACUUCAAUUCAGUUCUCACCUACAUCUGAGCAUAUACUACUGGCCUAUGGUCGACGUCAUGGCUCUCUACUUAAAAGUGUUGUCAUUGAUGGAGAAAUAACGUUACCAAUUUAUACAGUGUUAGAGGUAUACAGGGUGUCAGAUAUGGAACUUGUCAGGGUGCUUCCUAGUGCAGAGGAUGAGGUCAAUGUGGCAUGCUUUCAUCCAUUUGCAGGGGGAGGGCUUGCUUAUGGAACCAAGGAAGGAAAGCUUAGGGUCUUCCAAUUUGACCGUGCUCACAGUGUGAAUGGCACUGGAUCAAAUUACUUCCCUGAGGAGAACAUUAUUGGGGUCAGUCAGUGAGCAAGGUUUGCACUCAUGAUUGGGGGUAGAAUUCAAGUACGUGUUUCAGAUUCAUCUGUACAAAUAAGAUGGUUAGUAGAAGACUCUUAGCCUCCUUCGACUUUUUUGUUUGCAUUUGAGCAGUGUGAGAUGUAAACUCAAUAUACACUUGAUCAACUUUUCUACUCAAGUAGUCUAUAAGAUCAUUUUGUCAAAGGAUGACUCUAGAUAGGUGGCCCUCUCAGGUGGUUGAGCUUUCUCACCAUGAGAUGUAUCAUGAGAGUCAAUAUUCUCAUCUUGAUAUUUUAACCAACAACUCAACCAUUGAAGUUCAUUGAAUAAUCAAUGCAACCAAUUAGAGCUCUAACCUCAUGAGGAUCUAAAAAUGUAUCUGAUGUUUAAGAUGUUUAAAAAUGUAUCUGAUCCCCUGUACAGCUCUCUCUUCUGAUAAUCCACACAAACAACACCACAUGCAAUGCUGAUCACAUGAAACCAGUUGCUGGAACUUCAGACUCAUUGUAUCAGCAAAUGCAUAUUGUGUAUUUUUCAUGUAUGAACAUGUAACAAUAUUGUCUGAUUCAAUUAAACUCAAUUGUAUUUUUCCUUUUCCCCUCCAACCCUCCACCCCUACCCAUAAGGGUUUUUUUUCCUUUUCACAUCUGUGUAAUACUGUAACAAGUACAGUAGCUAAAAAGCAAAGGAAAGAAAGCAAUAAUUUUGCCCCCUC